AUGAGCAAAAAGUCGUCUACCACUUCGCAGGAUGGGUCUCGAGCGAAGCCUCAGGAGCUGAUGAACGAAUACCUAUCAGGUAACGGCAAUGGUUCGACGUAUUCAGGUGAUGAAGAACAACAAGACAAAAACUUUUCAAAUUUAGAUGAUGAUGUCUACUCCAGCGAUCCCCAAGAAUUUGUUCCAAACCAUCGCAUUGCAGCAACUUCUUCCUACGUUCCUCAGUAUACCGAUUCUCCUGGCAGUUUUCCCGUUCAAGAAGUUGUUCCCAAUACACAAAUGGCAAUGCCAUCCAAUGGGAGCUCUGGUGGACAAGGAACAGGAUAUCGGUCCAGGGCAGCCACUGCAGUUUCAAGUAAUAUAUUGAAUUUACACUCCUUACGAUCAAACAGUGGCUCCUCUUCGCACCAUGGCGAAAGGAGCAGUAAUGGGAAUGAUGAAGAGGAUGACGACGAUCGGAACAUGCAAAGUGUUCCGAUGAUGGUUAAGCCUAAGACGCUUUACCAGAAUCCACAAACUCCGACGGUCUUGCCUUCAACAUACCAUCCCAUUAAUAAGUGGUCUACUGUUAAACACUACUACCUGAAAGAAUUAUUAGCGGAGUUUGUCGGAACUAUGGUAAUGAUGUUUUUUGGUUGUGCAGUAGUGUGCCAAGUUAAACUUGGGCAGCAGCAACAGAAGAAAACGUUUUUAGACAACCUAGAGGCGGCAAACAUUACAGGAAGUGACCAGUUAUCGUUACUUCAAUAUCUGGUGGUACCCGAUUCGACCGGUACCUUUGAUGAUAUCGCAUUCGGUUGGGCAGGUGCUGUAGUCAUGGGAUAUUUUACGUCGGGAGGUAGUGCAAUUUCAGGUGCACACUUAAAUCCAUCUAUUACCAUCAGUAACUGCAUAUUUCGAGGGUUUCCGUGGAGAAAGGCACCAUUUUACAUUUUCGGUCAACUGGUUGGUUCUUACGUUGGAUCACUGAUCAUGUUCAUUUAUUAUAAGCGAGUGAUAGAGUACGUUUAUCCAGAUUGGCAUUUGAGUGAAACAGUAAUUGGAAUGUUUUGUGUAGUACCUCAAGCAUAUCUGUCGACUUCGCGUCAAUUCAUCAGUGAAUAUGUGAUUGGUGCAGCGUUACAAUGUGGGAUAUUUUCAUUAACAGAUCCUUACACAUGUUUAUCGUCGGACAUUUUCCCAUUAAUGCUUUUCGUCUUAAUCUACUGUCUUAAUGCGUCUGUGUCUUUCCAAACUGGUGCAGCGUUGAACAUGGCUCGUGAUCUUGGCCCCAGAUUGGCACUCUAUACCGUGGGGUUUGAUAGGCAUCUUUUAUGGGGAGCUCACGAUCAUUUCUUCUGGGUUCCUCUGGUAGCUCCUUUUGCUGGAGCCUUUACUGGCGCAGUAAUUUAUGAUAUUUGUAUCUACCAAGGACACGAAUCUCCAAUGAAUUGGCCAAUUUCAAUGUACAAGGAAAAGCUUUUAAGAGCAUGGAUCAGAAGGCCAAGGUUUUAUAAGUCUCGCAAGAGAUCUUCAUCGGAUCUUAGUGACUGGGGCUAUGACGACACCAGUAGCCACGCCACUACAAGUCACAGUCAAAAUAGCGGCACCCAUUCACAGCAUGCAAUGGACCCCGAGCCCCCUAUUCAAAAGACAGUUCAAUUUAAAAGUGUGUCCAGAAAUCCUAACGCUAGAAGGAAUCCUUCAUACGGUAUUCCAACUAUUUUUGAAGAGGACGACCACGAUGAUGACGAUGAUGAUAAUUAUGAUGACGAUGAUCAAAAUACCGGUGAUGGAAUCGAAACUUCUAUGACUCCUAAGGGGAUAAAACAAAAUCAAAGACGAUCCGGAUUUUUCAAAAAGAUAUAG